ACAAUUCUCUGAGUUGUAUGAAUAAUCAUCCACUCUUUCUAAUAAGCUCCAUCUUUCUCUCUUACUCUUUCUGAGAUUAUUACCUUUAUUAUCAUCAUUGCCAUAUUUGCCAACAAAGAGAGAAACAAAACCAAACUAUAUACAUGGAUGAAAAGAUGAGUUUGACAGUUGGAGAUGCAGUAGACUACAAUGGGUUACCAGCUGACAGGUCCAACACUGGUGGUUGGGUACCAGCUGCACUUAUCCUAGGGAUAGAAAUAUGUGAGAGGCUUUCAACAAUGGGAAUAGCUGUGAACCUGGUGACCUACUUGGGUGGAGUGAUGCAUCUGCCUAGCUCCACUUCUGCCAACAUUGUUACUGAUUUCAUGGGCACUUGUUUUCUCCUAUGCUUAUUGGGUGGAUUUCUCGCUGAUUCUUUUCUCGGUAGAUACAAAACGAUCGCCGUUUUUGCCCUUGUACAAACACUGGGAACUGGCAUGUUGGCAACAAUAACCGCACUGCCAGAGCUGCGCCCACCGCCUUGCCAUACCCGCGACAUAAACUGUAAGGAAGCGAACGGAUUCCAAAUAGCAAUAUUGUACCUUGCUUUGUACCUCAUAGCUCUAGGCACUGGUGGACUCAAGUCCAGUGUUUCUGGAUUUGGGACCGACCAGUUUGAUGAGAAAGACGAAAAGGAGAAAGCACAGAUGGCUUAUUUCUUCAACAGAUUCUUCUUCUUCAUAAGCAUAGGUACACUGACAGCUGUCACUGUUCUUGUCUACAUACAAGACGAAGUGGGACGGAGCUUGGCUUAUGGGAUAUGUUCUGCCUCAAUGUUGAUAGCAAUUUUGAUAUUCCUUUCCGGGACUAAAAAGUACAGGUACAAGAAAAGCUCGGGCAGCCCCAUCGUCCAUAUUUUUCAGGUCAUCGCUGCAGCUAUAAGGAAACGAAACAUGAGCCUUCCUUACAACAUAGACAUGCUCUAUGAGGACACUCCUGACGAAUCACGAAUCCGUCACACCGAUCAAUUCAAUUUCUUGGACAAGGCAGCGAUUGUAGCAGAGGGAGAUUUGAAGGAGAAUACGAAAGGGCCAAAUCCAUGGAAGCUAAGAUCAGUGACAAGAGUGGAAGAAGUGAAGAUGAUGGGGAGAUUGCUUCCAAUAUGGGCUACAACAAUUAUAUUCUGGACAACAUAUGCACAGAUGAUUACAUUUUCAGUGGAACAAGCUUCCACAAUGAACAGAAGAAUCGGCAACUUCCAAAUACCAGCAGGCUCACUCACUGUAUUCUUCGUCGCAGCUAUCCUAAUCACAUUAGCCGUUUACGACCGCAUAAUAAUGCCCCUUUGGAAUAAAUGGAAAGGUAAAACAGGUUUCUCAAGCCUACAAAAAAUAGCCAUAGGUUUAGUACUUUCCACACUAGGAAUGGCGGUUGCAGCAUUAGUUGAGAUGAAGAGACUCUCAGUGGCAAAGUCAGUAAAUAAUAAUACUACAGCUGAUGAUCAUGUACCCAUAAGUGUGUUUCUUCUAAUACCACAGUUCUUCCUGGUUGGUUCCGGGGAAGCGUUCAUAUACACGGGCCAACUGGAUUUCUUCAUCACACAAUCACCAAAGGGAAUGAAGACAAUGAGCACUGGACUUUUCUUGACAACUCUUUCACUUGGGUUUUUUGUGAGUAGCUUUUUGGUUUCUGUGGUGAAGAAGGUGACAACAAGCAAUGGCGGACAAGGUUGGCUUGCUGAUAAUAUAAACCACGGCCGACUUGAUUGCUUCUAUGGUCUAUUGGCUGUUCUUGGCUUUGUUAACCUCAUCAUCUAUCUUAUUUGUGCUGCCUGGUACAAACCUCACAAACCUAAACCCCUUCAACCUGGAAUUGUUUGAUAUUAUUAUCAUUAUUAUUAUUAUUAUAAUUAUUCCAAGUGGCCUACACACCUGGUACCUAUAUAUUGUAUUCAUUUCUCACUAUAUGUAUUUUUGGUUUUUUGUUUUUUUUUUUUUUGGUUUUGUUUUUUUCUUUUUUGCUAAGAAUGCAAGCACGUAUGGCUAUGUAUGUAUACCAAUAUGUGUGUAUGUCAAAUGAAUUGUGUGUGUUAUGGGCAGAAAGUUUAAUCUCAUCACAAA